AUGGCCAGUAUGCAAACUGAUGAAAUAGUUUCUCUGGUGGACCAAAAACUGCGAUCUGUUUGUMGGUUGACGAUUAAUGCCCMCUGGCUGAUGAAUUUCCUAACCUCGGAUACCACAAAAUGUGUGCAAGGUGGGUACCAAAAAUGCUCACCGACCAGCACAAAGAGCAAAGAAUGUUCAGUGGACACUGGACGAGAGUCUUUGAACCACUACCGACAAGAUAGAAACGAUUUGUUUUCCCACAUUGUUACCAUUGAUGAGAUGUGGAUAUCCUACAUCAAUCCAGAAACAAAACAGCAAUCAACGCAAUGGCACGCGCCAYUCAACUUCACCAAAACCAAAAAAAUUUAA